GAGCCGGUGGGGCUGGGGCAGCAGCACCGUGCAGAGAAGUUUGGCCACUCCAGCCCUGGUCCCGCUAGGAGACCCGCUCCCAGCGCCUGGAGGUUGAUGGAGAAGACCACCCUAGUGGAGCUACACUUGGUGUCCUGAGGGUGCGCAGGAGCCACCGGGUCAGCAGGACAGGGAUGCUCUCAGGGCUGGCAGCCAUGGAGCUGAAGGUGUGGGUGGACGGCAUCCAGCGCGUGGUCUGUGGAGUUUCAGAGCAGACCACCUGCCAGGAAGUGGUCAUCGCGCUAGCCCAAGCAAUAGGCCAGACAGGCCGCUUUGUGCUGGUGCAGCGCCUCAGAGAGAAGGAACGGCAGCUGCUACCCCAGGAGUGCCCAGUGGGUGCCCAGGCUACCUGUGGACAGUUUGCCAGCGAUGUCCAGUUUGUCCUGAGGCGCACAGGGCCCAGCCUUGCUGGGAGGCCCUCCUCAGACAACUGCCCGCCCCCUGAGCGCUGCCCAAUCCGAGCCAGUCUCCCCCCGAAACCUCGACCAGCACUGGACCGUGAACCCCGCAAAGCGCUGACCUUCAGCCUGGGGUGCCCUGGCCUGGCCCCCGGCCCUGUGGCACCCGAGCCUGUGGCCCCCGUAGCAUCACUGCCAGGUUGCUGCACAGAUCUACAGGGCUUGGAGCAAAGGGUGCGGAGGAAUGCAGCAGAGCUGGGCCAGGAGGCCUUCUGGGAGCAGGAGCUGCGGCGUGAGGAAGCCCGCGAGCGUGAGGGGCAGGCACGCCUGCAGGCGCUGAGUGUAGCCACUGCCGAGCAUGCCGCCCGCCUGCAGGCCCUGGAUGCCCAGGCCCGUGCCCUGGAGGCUGAGUUGCAACUGGUGGCAGAGACCCCUGGGCCCCCCUCACCCACGGUGUCUGCCUCGGAACGCCUGCGUCAGGACCUAGCAGCCCAGGAGCGGCAGAGAGUGGAGGUGCAGGGCAGCCUUGUCCUGGUGGGCCGGGCACUGGAGGCCGCCGAGCAUGCGCUGCAGGCCCAGGCCCAGGAACUGGAGGAGCUGAACCGGGAGCUCCGUCAGUGUGACCUGCAGCAGUUCAUCCAGCAGACAGGGGCUGCACUGCCACCGCCCCCACGGCCGGACGGGGUUCCCCUCAGCACGCAGGAUCUUCUGCCUCCAGCCAGAGAAGAGCCCCUCACAGGACCCCCCCGGAGUCCUGCCCUAGUGUCCAGUCUGAGCCCAGAGAUUGCCCCCAUGAGGCAGAACUCCUGGAGGUAGCAGUUCUUGCCCCAGACUGGACAUCCACUGCCAGCCCAGCCCUGGAUUCUGAUGAGCGAAGGCAGCCAAGGCCAGCCCAGCCUGGACGACAGAAGAAGAGUCCGUGGUCGCAGAGGACUCCUUCCCCCAUGUGGUGGGAAGCCCCGGUACCCUGGGUCUGAGACAGGACAUCUCAGAGCCCUAGGAUUUCUGCCACAGGGGGCAGGGGGAGACUGAGGACUCUCACCCUAGUCCUUGUCAAAUCUGCCAAGACCCUCAGAGAAGCACGGGACAUGGCCAGCUCAGAACUCACUAGGCCCCAAAGGCCACAGCUCCUUUUUGGAGACAGGAGGUGCACAGAACCCGUGUGAGUACAUGCUUACCUGUGGGAGGUAUCCUUCCCCACAUGUGUGUGUGUGAUGUCUCCCUACCCCAACACUAAAACCUCAGUAAACUGCCCCACAUGG